AUGCCAAGUCUAAGUGAAUUUACAGAAGCGUUUCUGCUCUUUAUUGGUCGCGUGUGCAGCAUUGGUCUUGGUUCUCAGAAGAAAUCACUAUUAUACAAUAACGAAAUGUCCAACUUGAACACAUUGCUAAUUAAGAUUGAGGACGAACCAUUGAUUGAUAUCGAUAAAUGCAAACCGUUGUUAAUUGAUAGUAUUGACAAGUUUUUGCAAAUGAUUAUCCAACAAGAAUAUGUUGAUGACAAGUUGAGUUGGUUUGCAAUAAACUUAUAUCUUAGUAAGUUUAUUAGGUUGGUUAUAUAUCCAGAAAUCCAAAUGCUUUGGCCAAUAUUGCUUAGAACCACAGUUUUUACCCACGACUUUAGAGUAUUGCACAAGGUUAUUGAAUGUGCUUUGUGUGACAAUCCCGUCGUAUCUUGGAUCAGCUCAAAAAUCUUGCUAAACAUAGUUCAAGUGGAUUACAUGUUCUCGUUGGUGAAGGAAUCAAUAAACACUAAGGAAAAUAUAAGGAAGUUUAAAAAUUUGCUAUGGAGAAAUAGUGGAAUAACUACGCUCACAAAUCUAAUUUCUUUAUUUGUCAAUUUGCAACUUGAACCCGAAUUUAUUCCAAACUUGGUCACACCAUACAUUCGGUACAUCCAUUCAGUAAACCCCAAAUUUUCUGACUUUAUCCCGUGUACAGUUGUUUUGAAAAAUCAAAUCAUUGAUAAACAGUCGAGGUUUUAUUUGCAACCGAUAAAUCGUUCCCUUUUGAUUCUAUGGCAUCAAUUGAAAAAGGAUCAAACAGAAACAUACUAUAUCAAUUUGGUCACAUUGAGUAGUUUUAGAGCAUUGCCUAACUCUGUGUUAAGGUUAAACUUCAAAUGCAGCAGCCAACGCCAAUUGCGAUCCGAAGAAAUGCUGAUAUUCAAAUACAUGAACAAGUUUUCCAUCAAAGUUGGAGACCACGAUAUUUUGGAUACCUGCUUGGAAAUAAGUUUAAAAUACAAUGCACAUUAUCAUUGGUUGGUAAAGUUUUUCAAAGUUAUCUCCCCACGAAGAAAAAUAUCCGUGAACUCCAAAAUUCAAGUCCCCCUGAGCCAAAAAGAAAGUUCAAACCCUAGAACUUCACAAAAUCAGAUGAUGGUUGUUGCGACGAGAAAACGCAAAGUAUCAAGAUCAGAACCAUGGGACUUCUUUGACAUAUCUGAAAUGUCCCGUCCCAGAAAGCACCGCAAAUAUAGAGUGGAUAGAGAUAUGCAUAAACAGGGAAAUAGCACUAAAAGUGUGGGUUCCGAAAACGUUGAUAGUGGGAGGAGUUCAAAAAGUUUGCUAUUUAUGGAAGAAGAAGAAACGGAUGAAAUUGAAAAAUCCUUUGAUAGUGAUGAAAAGAGAUACAACAAUAGUAACUGUGGUCAAUUUGAUUUGGAUACUGCAACUGGAGAGACAACAAAGGAAGAUAAUCCAAAUGUAACUAAUUUAUUGAAAAACCCAGCAAAUAAAGAGCUAACACUUCAAGAUAAUGCCGCUCCAAUGUCAGAUUACAACUACAUAAAUGAGAGCUUGAUUUUAUUUUCUUCCAAUAUUGUGAAUAAGUUGAAAGCUAUUGAGUACAAUGUCCUUGAAAAACGGAAUGAACUACAAAAAGAAUUGGAUUUGGAGUUUUCUAGAAUCUUUGCUAAACAUAAACAGAAAUUGCACGAAAUUCAGCAACAUAUAACUGGGGAAAUAAAUAAACUACAAUAG